UUGGCCGCUGCGUCGCCAUGAUGUGCUUCUCCUGACGUCCCGAUGUGACAGUCGUGAUUUGAUAUUAUGUUUCGUCGCGAUGCUUUCACCUUCCGAUAACGUUCGUCGACGGCGGUUAUGAGAGUCGCGGAGCGUGCGAGCGAGCGAGGGGAUCCGCGAUGCGGGAUCGUGCGAUCGGUCGGAUCAGUGUCGCGUGAUGAGCGCGAUAGCCUAUUGCCUACGGCAGCGUUGUUAGUGUAUAUACUUGUACAUAGAUCUCUCAUUUCCUCGUAAUGCGUACCUGAUUAAUUAGCACGCUUUAAUUGCGCCACGUUGAAACGCAUUGACACGCACGAUGUCCGCUCUGCGAAAGAAGGCGGGCCGGAGGAGUGAGACGAGGACUGACAAUCUUGUAGGAGCAGAUGUGACCAUUGACGACUUUGCUAAUACAUUACGGAUACAUGCAAGGUCCAAGAAAUCAGUUACAAAUGUCUCUAAUGAAGUGAAACAAGAAGCGACGAAAGAAGAAGAGAAACCAGUAUGGGAUGAAACAGAUGAAGAGACCUUAUUAAGAGAUAACACAAGAGGAAGAAGGAAUAGAAGGAAAUCGAAAUGUCAAAAGGAUAAUGAUGAAGAUGAAGGAAUCGACUAUCCAUUGGACAUAUGGUUUAUUAUCUCGGAAUAUAUACAGCCUGAAGCAGUUGGAAAGUUUGCAAGUAUUUGCAGAAGUUCUUACUAUGUAACCACCACUGGAAAAUUUUGGUUCCAUUUAUACAGAUCAUAUUACAAAUUCGUACCAAACUUGCCGGAGCGCUUGCAGCCACAAUGUAUGAGAUUACAUGGAUUAAGAGCUUGUGUUAUCAGGGCAUUGCAUUACAGUUAUUUUAGAACGCCGGAAGGGGAAGGAGACGAUAUGUCUUACUUACGACAGGACGAGCCGCAUUCUCUUGUGAAAAGAAAAUGCACUCUCAUGUGGAGUAAAGAGGUGAAAGUAUGGUAUUUCUAUUUUAAGUUGAAGGAAGUUUCCAAAACACGCAACAGCUCUAUAAACCAAUGUAAGCAACGUGAUGGUAGAAAAACCGAAUUUCUCGAUACAUUGGAAGAUGUAGCUGUUAAUCCUGAGGAAGGUUGCAAAGUGCUUAGGGUGACUUGUUUAAAGUAUAGUAUGUUACCACCUGUGAUCGGAUUAGUCCUGCAAACAGUAUCUGAGAAUCUAAUGCCCGGCUUCAGAGAACGCAGACUUCAACUUGGAUUCGGAACGUCGGAUGCUCCCGGUACAUUUACAAAUCAAGUAGUACUCCGUAACGUUAUCAAUUACCGUAUCUUGAAUUGGUGGGAUCCUGCCUAUCCUCAUCAGGACGUGAGCUACACGAUCGAAUUGCCCCAAAGUGACUCGUGGGACUAGAAUUUAUUACAGAUUGCUCUUAUAUUUUGUGUAUUACAUUGGGAAAAUAGACAAGCCUUUAAAUUUUGUAAAGACAAAUAUAUCAACGCGCAACAAAUGCAAAGUUGUUUGAAUUAA